GGCACGAUGCCAUAUGGCUCUCUUAUCCGUUCUUGUUGGGCCGGGCCGGGCCGCAGCGAUCAUGUAAGGCCCAAACGUUGGAUGUGCUCAAUCCUUGAAAAACCCCACCUUUCUCUCCGUCCUUGGUCGGCAGUCCAUAUCUCCGUCGCCUCUCCAGAUCUCCCUCGCCCUCCUCUAUCGUCGGCGCCGUGCUUUGCUUCAAUUUUCCUUUCUCACACCGCCGAGCUGCCCUCUUCCUCUGCUGUCCUGGGAACUCUAAGAGAGAUGGUGGAAGAAGGAAAGGGCGAGUUGCAGAAGGACAGUGGAGAGGAAGAAACCGGUCUAAGACUCCCAACCAAUCGCCAUGGUAACCUCAGCAGCGCCUCCAGCGAUGCUCGUCUCAAAGACUCCUUGCAAACCAUUAAAUCCUCCAAGAAUUCUGCUGUCGUGUACUACGGUGCUUCCUGGUGCCGAGUAUGCACCAAGAUCCUUCCGGCCUUCUGUAAGCUGAGCAAUGAGUUCAGAAACCUCAUGUUUGUCUAUGCCGAUAUUGAUGAAUGUCCUGAAACGACACAAAGCAUACGCUAUACACCAACUUUCCAUUUUUAUCAAGAUGGAGAGAGAGUUGAUGAGAUGCUUGGUGCAGGAGAAGAGAGACUACACGACCGGCUCUGGUUACAUUCUUAAUCUGUCCUUGUUCAUAUGUGAUGGUUCUUCAUAGGAAAGGUGUGAAUCAUCCUUGUUGGUCUGCUUUGCAAAGCAUGGACUACUUGAUGAAUUCAUUGUAUGAAUUGAGUGAACCAAUAUCCAAAGAUCAAGUUGAUUAUGUGAUCUCUGAUCAUGUUUCCCUUA